AAAAGGCAAAACAGACGCUCUUGGUCAACAAACUACAUAUCCCAUAAUGCACUUCCCCCACGACGGUUCGUUUUGUUUCCGAGUCACUCACGAGAGCAGCCUUGUGGACACACGUUAGCCGGCGACAAUGCGAGGAGAUUGUGAUUCUAUGCUUUUUGUCACGUUUUCGUCUGAGGCGGCUGGUGUAUUUUCAGGAUGGAUCUUGGUAAAGCAAAGCUGCUUAGGAGUGGACUCAACACUCUACACCAAGCCAUCCACCCUGUGCACGGGAUCGCCUGGACAGAUGGAAAGCAGGUCUGCUUGACUGCUCUCUACUUCAUCAAUGGCGAGGUGAAGUUUGGAGACACCAAUGUCAUCGGGCAGUUUGAGCACGUCUUCGGACUCUUCUGGGGCCCACUGUGCUGCUCGGACUCCCCUGCUCUUCUGGCUGUCCAGCAUAAGAAACAUGUUACGGUGUGGCAGCUUCAGCUCAGUGCUCUUGAGCAGAACAAGCUGCUGUGCACGCAGACCUGCGAGAUGAGUGAGCCCUUUCCCUUGCUUUCUCAAGGCUGCGUCUGGCAUCCUAAACUGGACAUGCUGGCUGUGCUGACGAAGCGAGAUACGUCCGUGUUGUUUUCUGUCAGGGUCGACAACAGGAGGAUCAAAGCAGACAUCAAAGGUAGUGGGCUCAUUCACUGUGCUUGUUGGACUAAGGAUGGCACCCGCCUGGUGGUGGCUAUUGGCAGUGCUCUGCAUUCGUUCAUUUGGAGUGACAUCCAGAAAAGCCUGGUGGCGUGCACUUUUUGCCCUAUCUUUGACGUGGGGGGCUACAUCUGUGCAAUUGAGGCCACCGGGGAAGCUCAGGUAGCUGUGGCUACAGAGCUACCGCUUGAUAAAUUAUGUGGACUAAACUCCGGGAUAGCUUUUGACCUGCCGACAGAGACAGAGACCCUGCAAGGACCGGGCUCGCAUGCAGUCAUGGUGGACGAUGAUGGCAUUCUGGAUUCAAGACGGAGGUCUUUUGAGUCAGAGAGAUCGUACAUCCCCAACUCAGGCCCCUUUGAUCUUACCCAUCUCCUGGCGAAGCACCGUCGCUCGGACCCCAGCCCUCUUAUUCACUUGCGCCGCAGAGACACUGUGACAGGUUCUGGACAGGACAGCUCACACCUCGUUCUGGUUACAUAUGAGCGGAAGGUAACUACAACCCGCAAAGUCAGCAUUCCAGGGAUUUUGGUCCCUGAUAUUGUUGCUUUUGAUCCUCGUGCCUCCACAGUUGCAGUUGCUUCCAAUGCCUGCAACAUGGUUCUUGUUUACUGUAUCACACCUUCUGCUAUGCCCAACAUCCAGCAGAUUUCUCUGCAGCAGAACGAAAGACCCAAAGGCGUCUGCUUCCUCAGUGACAAGGUACUGCUUUUGAUGGUGGGCAGGCAGAAGACUACCGAUCCUGCCUUCCUUCCGUCUUCCAACACGGACAAAUAUAUUCUUCACCUCAUAUCCAAAGAGCUAAUAUACGACGGAGAAUCAGCUAUUGCACCAUCCCCCUCUGCUCUCAACCAUGAGUCUUCUACUUUCUGCGCAGGGAUUAGGAGGCACUCAGAGCACUUGUCAAAGGAUGACAGGGAACGGCCAGGGAUAAAAGACUUGGUUCUGCCUGGAAGGGUAGUUUGUUCGCCAGGGAGCAGACGCAGGCUUGUCGAGGAGAUCAGGAGCAACGAACCCAGCCCCGUCACCACCUUCGUAGACCUUUCUGAGCGGCAAGAAAGAGCCUCGUCCAGAACCUCGUCCAUCACGGUCGAGAACUUUGACAUAGACCACGUCAAUCGGAUGGCCAGCCUGGCAGUAGGAGGCCAGGCAAGCAGAGACUCCAGCCGGGCAAGUUCUCCUCGCUUCGAGCCAUCGGAGAAGCCGCCAACGCUACCCAUGCCUGAGAAGACAUCCGGACAGACCAGGGAGCGAUCCCUGGAACAGCUUGUUCACAACAUGGAAAGGCUUUUUACACGCUUCGCAGAUGUACAACAGUGCCUGACAGAAAUCAGAGAUUAUACGCAGAAUGGCAAGAAGGCCCAAGCAGUCUAUCCCAACGCAACUGAUCCCCCGUAUGUCAAUGUUACAUGCCAGAAGCAGUUAUCGGAGAAUGUGUUCAUCGAUGAGAGGAGGCCAGUGCUUCUGUGUGAUGGGAAGCUGUGCCUGCGUGCCAUCCAAGACCUUUUCAACCUUACCGCUGUGGAGAUGAUGUAUGGACCGCUGUGGAUCGUACUUGUUGCAGACGCUGACGGCUUCGUGCCUCUGACAUUUAAGCCCAAAGACGAACUGACGGUGCGGAACGGCAAGAGGAAAUCUACCCUCCGGACUCCUGGAAGUCCAGAGAAUUCCUGUCCAUCCAGUCCAGCCCUGAGCCAAAGCCCGGCAACGACUGCAGAGGCAUCCGUGUAGUAGCUCCCGACUCACCUGUACAGACUCUCGUAGUCGUGUUUCUCUUUGACUUUCGAACCUGUGACUUCAAUGCCACAGAAACCCACUGUUCAUGCUGCAAAUUAUAUUUUUAUAGUAAGAAAAAACUAAUUGGUUUCUAAAGAGUUGCUCUUUCAGAUGCUAUAUUUAAAUAUUGCUUCUUUAAAAAGAGAUUACCUUAAAAAGAUCCAAUAUUUUGGUUCUUUGAUGAAAUUUCAUUCGGUCUUUAUAGUCUUCCUCCCCAAAAAGCUAUAGUUCUAGAGUGCAAUUAUAAGCUAUUCAAGAUGUGUCCCCUGCCAGUGUUAUGUAAUUUUCUCCCAAAGAAGUAUAAGAUUCAGAUUCAGACAUUUUACUCCUAAAAUGUCUGAAAUUUCACUUUUCUGCUUUGCGGUUAACCUCAAAUAUAAAACUGUUAAUGUCAUACCGGAAAAAUUAGGAAUGUCUAACACGGGGUUGAGAACCCACGGCUCUGGAUCUUUAACUGCUUCACUAGUGGCUCCCCAGAGCGUUUCAAAAAUGUCUGAAAAUGGAAAAAGAUGGCGUUAAAUAUAUAUUUUUUGCUUCAAUAUGGUUUCUGUAGGAGGGCGAACAUGACGUUUCUUUCAGCUGGACAGAGGCGCGAGGCAGGUGAACAUUUGCUCUGUAGCGAGAAGCGGUCAAAUAACAAAAAGGUUACCGUACUUUCCGGACUAUAGGGCGCACCUUAAUAAAAGCCGCAUCUACAAUAAAAAAAAAAAAGAGUAAACGUACACGUAUAACCCGCAUGGUUCAAAGUGUAGGGAAAAAGUAACGCUGUAUAGUCCGAAAAAUACGGUAAUGUGGAAAGACAUUAGCUGCCAAGUCAAGAUUAAAGUUACAUCUUCAGUGCUCGAUGUUGAGAAGCAGGCAUCACGUGAAACACGUCAGAACAAAUCAUGCCAUAGUCGCUUAUUAGUAGCAAAGUGGUUGUUUUUAUAAAUUAAUUGGUGAUUUUUGUCUGUAUAUGUUUAGAAUGACACUUUGCGAUAUUGUUGUGUUUAACGUCCUCAGGUCUGAGGACGGCCGGGUGUCAAAAGAGGAGAGGAUGCCGCUGUGGUUUAUCAUUGCACUGACUUGCUUUGCAUUUGCACAUUAAUCAAGCUGAAACUGUAUUCAUUGAAUUUGAAAUGCUUUAUCUUUUCAAAAGGCAACUGUUUUAGUUUUAUAACUGCAGGUUGCGUUUUAUUGCACUCCGUUUGUUGCCCAGAUAACGUGACUAUUUACAAGGAGCGAUCGUUGUUUUGGGAAGUUUUUUAGAGUUCCAAAACGAAAUACAUCUUUCCCUGUCGAAUCUUCAUAAUAAAGUGACAUCAAAAAUCUGA